AUGGACUACGCCUCUUUCUUACCGCAGCCGCUGCACAGGCUGAUGGCGGGCGCCACCCCGCUGGUUUGCACCGUGAGCUUGCUGGUCGCCUACCCGAUCGUGACGACCUCUCUUCGCUUCCGGCGGCUACGCCAGCUGCACAAACGGUACCCUUACCGGACGCGCGAGUCUCUGGCCCAAAUGACCGAUGAAGAGGCCUAUCAGAUCCAAAAGGCCGUGGCGCAACUGGAGUUCCCGUUUAUGUUUAUCAAGGCGCUCCAGUUUGCCUUGUUCAGGACCUACGGGAUCCCAACAAUCUCCCACCUGCUCACCAAAACCAGCCAGUUCUCCCACCCAGAGACCUCACUGAAGCGCUACACCGACACGAGCGCCCUAGUGCAAGAGAUGGUCGGCAACGCGCCGACCUCGCAGCGCGCCUACAUCUCCCUAGCACGCACGCGAUUCCUGCACAGCGGGUAUCGCGCCUCGGGCAAGAUCCUCGAGUCUGACAUGCUGUACACGCUGGCCCUGUUCGCGCUGCAGCCAAUCCGGUUCAUAGCCAUGUUUGAGUGGCGCGAGCUGAGCGACCUCGAGCGCUGUGCGAUUGGCACAUUCUGGAAAUCUGUCGGCGAUGGCUUGGGUAUUAGCUAUGAUGUCUUGCCGUCGGGUAAGACGGGGUUCCAGGAUGGGAUCCAGUGGCUUGAGGAGCUGGGUGUGUGGAGUGACGCUUAUGAAGCGAAAGCUAUGGUUCCUGAUCCUAAGAACCGGGAGACGGCUGAUCAGACUACUGCUGUGCUGCUGUAUAUGCUGCCCAAGCCGUUGCAUCCUGUUGGACUGCAAUUUGUCUCGUUUAUGAUGGAUGAUCGGCUGCGCAAGGCUAUGCUAUACGACCCCCCAUCCCCUAUCUUCACCUCAAUCUUCUCCAGUCUCCUCACAAUCCGCAAACUCUUCCUACGCUAUCUCGCUCCACCACGGCCAGAUUUCCUGCGCUACUCCUCUUUCACAGAGAAAGCCGACGAAAACAACCGCUUUUUCCUAACGCAAUGGGAGGCCGCACCGUACUACGUCAAGCCGACGUUCUGGAACCGCUGGGGUCCCGUAGCGUGGCUGACGUGGAUGCUGGGUCGUCCGCUUCCUGGGGACGAAGGGGAUAAGUAUUACCCGCGGGGUUAUACUAUCCAGGAUAUUGGGCCCAAGUAUUUUGAGGGGAAGGGGGGAAGGCCUUGGAGGAGAUGA